UAUAAAAACUUUGACAGUUGUCUAAAAUAAAAAGUAAACAUUGAAAUUUACGAAAUAUUUUUUUAUAUUUUCCAAUAAAUUAAUGAUAAAUAUUGUUUAACAUAUCCACAAAAAUAAAUAAAACAUGAGUUUACCUCCAGCUUUAUUAGCUCGACUUGCCCAACGUGGUUUGGUUAAUAAACAAAAGGCGCAAAAAGAAAAUGAACCUCCUACCUUAACUUCUGCCGCCGAAAAUGAAGAAGUCAUUGCCGAGGAUUACGACGAAAUGGAUAGUGAUAAUCAGCCUGUCCAUAAUUCAGAAGAGUAUCAAUAUCCCAGCCAAUAUGAUUUGGAUCAUGAUCAGGUGCGCAAACCCAUGGAAGACAAUAACUGGUUGGCCCAAAUGAAGGUGCGCAUGGGGGAAGCCAGUUCGGCGAAUGGUUAUAAAUGCUGUCCCAAUAAAUAUAAUAUUUGGCAUAAAUGCACCCUCUAUUGUGUCAAUCGCUGGGGUGAGGGUAUAACCAAACCAUCCGCGGAAUAUAUGAAACGUUAUAAACGUUUAAUACGAAAAUAUCCCUUACCCAAGGGUUGGGUAGAAAUGUACGAUCCCGGUUGUGGUUGUUAUUAUUUUGCUUGUGAAACAGAAAAUGUGGUAUCUUGGUUGCCACCCACUCAUCCCAAAUCAGAGGUGACCAAAUGUGCUGCUGCAAUAAGAAAACAAAUGGAAGAAUCUAGCGGCGAACAGAUUAGUGAUGGUGAACCCAUGUCAGAUGUAGACGAAGAACCAUUAAAAGAAUCUGCCCAGGCUAGACAUCACCGUGAAGUGGAGGAAAUUAUAAAUGCUUCCCUAAGACCCAAAUCACCACGCACUUUGGAUUCACACGAGUUUCCUUCCUUACAAGAAGUGGCCGGUAGUCCUACAGUUGCCUUGCCACGUAAACAAAAAUCCCGUGACUUGGAUAGAGCUCUUUCGCGUCAACGUAAAGAUCGUGGUGAUCGCAGCGAACGUGAUAGAGAACGUUAUUCUAGUCAUGGUGGUAGUAAUAGACGUCAUCAUGGACGUAAUAAUGAUGAUAUAUUGGAUCCUAUGGAUCCAAGCGCUUAUUCGGAUAUACCACGUGGUAAAUGGUCUGAUGGCUUGGUCGUGGGCGGUGGGGGUGAAGAUAGAAAAAGGAAAUCAGAUGAUUCGAAUAAGCGUGACAACAAAAGUGACCGAGAUUCAAGACGUUCAGAUCAUUCAGAUGAUGAAGAUUAAUUUGGAAAAUAAACUAUUGCAUAAAAUAUAUAAUAUAUGUCAAUAAAAAAACUUGUUUUUUAUGUAGAAAAAUUAAUGUAUUA